GCUAUAAUUCAUUAAUACAUCAUAAAUCGUGAAGCACAGCGUUAUAACGACCAAGAUCUACAAAUCAAGCCCUCUAAAACAACCUAAAUGAGCUCUUACUUUGUAAACUCGUUCUCAGGGCGCUACCCAAAUGGCCCUGACUAUCAGUUACUAAAUUAUGGAACUAGCAGCAGCGCUAUGAACGCUUCGUACAGGGACUCCGGCACCAUGCAUUCAGGCUCUUACGGCUACAACUACAAUGGAAUGGACCUAAGCGUCAAUCGUUCAACCAGCACUGGCCACUUUGGGGCGGUUGGGGACAACUCCCGGGUCUUCCAGUCUCCAGCUCCGGAGACGCGAUUCCGGCAGCCAUCAAGCUGCUCGCUCGCGUCUCCGGAGCCGCUGCCUUGUUCCAACAGCGAAAGCCUUGGACCCAAAGGCUCUUCGCCCCCUUCCGACCAAAGCACCACCACUGCGGGUAAUAAUCUCAACAGCAACACACAUUUUACAGAAAUCGACGAGGCCAGUGCUUCAUCGGAGACCGAGGAGGCGUCUCACAGAGCGAACAACUCUGCACCCCGGACACAACAGAAGCAAGAGACCACGGCAACCUCCACUACCUCGGCGACGUCCGAUGGCCAAGCUCCCCAAAUAUUCCCUUGGAUGAGGAAACUACAUAUUAGCCAUGAUAUGACUGGACCAGACGGCAAAAGGGCCCGAACUGCAUAUACCCGCUAUCAGACGCUAGAGCUGGAAAAAGAGUUCCAUUUCAAUAGAUACCUCACCCGAAGAAGGAGGAUAGAGAUAGCCCACGCUCUAUGCCUCUCAGAGCGUCAAAUUAAGAUAUGGUUCCAAAACCGGCGGAUGAAAUGGAAAAAGGACAAUAAACUGAAGAGCAUGAGUCUGGCUACCGCAGGUAGCGCUUUCCAACCAUAGUUGUAUCCCAAGACCUGCUACGUGGUGUGCAAAAAAUUACGCGGAAAAUGAGAUGAAAAAGAGAUCUCAAAACAUUACCUACAGAGUACUGUACAUCGCGGCACCUUUCGGCAUGUUAUGGAUGUUUUAGGCAUUUUAAAAUUCUACUGUGGUACUGCUAUAAUGAAACAAAAAUUAGUGUUCAUAUGUUGUUCUUUUAUGGUGACUUUAAUUUUGGCAAGUAAAUAAAACUGAAGGGAAAGAAGCUAUCAAUAUAACGCUUGUUGUUCUUGUUACAAAUAUUGUUUAUGUGUCAAGUGCUAUGUUAAUGCUUUCUUGAGAGUUAGCAUGUGAGCUCUUAAAUGUUAUAACUUAUUUACCUAUACACGUGUAUAACUACCUUUUGAGUUUACAGCUUAGAAACGCAUCUGCCCUUGUAUGAAGUGAAGCUCUAGUUUAGAGGUGACUGCAGUAAAUUUAGCAGAAGCCUAUGUUUCAUGGUCCUCUGUUUAAUCAAUGUCUAAAUAAUCACAAUCGAUUUGUCAUGUGUUCACAAUCUUCUAUUAUUAUUAUUAUUUUUUUUUUGAAAAAAAAAAAAUAAUUAAAUGGUGUAAAUAGACCUCGCUAGAUUCUUGUACUCGUUCAUACGUGUGUAUAGUUGUAUUCCAAAUAUAUAAUUGUAUAUUACUGGAUCAUGUUUAUGUUCCAAAAAAGGUUGUAUAUAUUGAACAUUUUUAUUGUGAUCAGUUGGCUAUUUGUAGUGGGCAGAAUAAACGGCAAUGUGGAAAAAAGUCAUGUCAAUCUGCCUGUUAGCAUUUUGCCAAAAUGCUUUUUGUAUUUGUUUGUAGUUUAACUUGGAGUAAAAAAUAAAGUUCCUCAUAUUCAAA